AUGGAGAUCUUAGAUGAGAUUUUGGACCACUUGAACUAUGGAUCAGCUCACAAAUCUCGGCCAGGCCAACCACCCUUAUCCUGGGCUAUCGAGAAUGGACAUCUCAGUCUUGCAAAGCUUUUAAUUGAAAGCGGGAAAUCAGACCUGAGAUCCAAAGACGGGAGUGGGAGAACCCCUUUGUACUGGGCAGCUGAAAGAGGUGCUACCAAAAUAGCACUAGAUCUUCUUGGGAGCUCAGUACCUUAUGACCUGAAAGACAACACUGGCCGUACACCACUUUCAAAGGCAUCUGAGAAUGGUCAUGAAACGAUAGCAGCAAAACUUCUCGAGCUUGGGGCCAAGAUCGACUCGAAACCUGCGAAGACAGGACGAACCCCUUUAUCCUGGGCAGCAGACAAAGGACACAGCGCUAUCGUCCUGAUCAUGCUGCAGUCGAGUCACAAAAGCCCCCGAAUUGACCUGAGAGAUGACUUGAUGGGCCGGACGCCUCUUUCUUGGGCGGCCAAGCACGGUCACGCUGCGGUUGUCAAUCUGCUUCUCGGUGCCGAUGGUGUUGACCCGAACUCUCGAGACAACGAAGGCCGUACACCGCUAUCAUUAGCUGCUGAACAUGGACAUUACAAUAUUGUUCUGUCACUGGUUUCUGAUGACCGAGUGGAUUGGCAAAGAUCCGACAAUGCCAAAAGAAGUCCACUUUCUUGGGCUAGAUCACGAGAUCAUCAACAAAUUGUCCAGCUCCUUCUAAUACCCAAAGAUGGAUGA